UAUAAAGGUUGACCAGGAUGUCUACUGUCGUAGUUCUAUCUGCGCUCGGAUAAUAAACAUUUAAAUAUCCUUAACGAGAUUUAACAUUGUAAUUCCAGAUCAGAUAUAUCGAACUUUUUCACCGAACAAUACAGCAUGUCCUCUGAGAAAAGAUUCGGACCGCCUCCUGCAUACUAUCAAACAGACGACCCAAAUGUCCAAACAACGUUUACCUAUGGGAACCAGUAUCAUCAGUAUCAACGAGGAAGCCAAUACCCAUCGCCACAUGAUGCUCAAAACACAGACAACCAACACCAACCGCAAUAUAAUGCCCGUGGUCACGUGGUGACAACAAUGGUUUCACAGCCUGGUGCUAUGGAAAUCAAACGAACCCCUGUUCCCCAAAACUGGAUGGGUCCGGCUGUUCUCGCUUGUUUGUGCUGUUUCUGGCCGACGGGUAUUUGUGCCAUCAUAGCCGCUAGCAAUGCAAACGAAGCAGCAGCGAAUGGAGACGUAGUAGAAGCGGAAAAACAUUCAAAAAAAGCGCGCUCGUACGUUGCAGCUUCCGUUGUAAUGGGGCUAAUUUUAAUUGCUCUUGGAAUUGUAUAUCGUAUGGUUUUUUAUUCAUCAUACAAAUAAGAAAAAAAACAUUGAUUGGUAAUCAUCAUUCAUUAAAUAAUAUUUUGUGCACUCGUUGAAUUGGCAAAGCGCGUAAUUAUUAUGAACAGAAACACAUCGUCAAGAAACUUCAAUCUCUGUGUUGCACAGAUGCUUUGAAGGGUGCAUUUUGAUUUACAUUUAAGAAGGCUUAAUGGUUUACAAAUUGCAUAACAUAUCUGCCUUAUAUUAAUAAAUUUGAUAUUUUUUGGUUAUACACUACUAAUAUGUAAAACAAUAUCCACGAUAUUUCUCAGAUUUAAAUUUUCGCAAUUUUCCUAUUCAUUUAUAUAGAGCUCAUUAUCUGAGGGAAACUAAUAGAGGCACAACUGUGACCAAAAGUCAAGCCCUUUUAGAUAGUUAUGUAACUAAAUGUUUGUCCAGAACGAAUGUUUUACAAUAUACUAAGUAUUAUUCAUAAAUAAAGUUCUCUGUCCUGUUUUUAAGUAUACGAAAUGUGGGCACAUUUGUUUAUUGUGUACAUAUAAACCAUAAACUACAUGUUACCUACUCACCAACUUUGUGUUUAUCAUUUAAAUCUAAAUUGAUAUGGAUAUAUGGUGUAUGAAUCGUGUUUACCAUUGUAUGUUUUUAUGACUAUCUACUUAUAUAGCAUAUAUUUUUUUCUUUUAUAAAAUAAAGAGAUCAACUAUCAA